CUCUGCUCACCGAUCGGUCAUCAUGCACUGGCGGCUCCCAGUCACGCGAGGAGAAACCAUCACUUGUUAUGACGACUUGGGCAAGCCAAAAACGCACGGUCUAGAACAGAGAUAUGUCAGCCCGACCACUGGAAUCUGUCGAAAACUUGUUGUGCAAGCCGUCACUCCCAUCGGCAAACGUGAAGUUGCCAUCAGGGACCACACCAGCCAGGCAAGCAAAAUCGCCUAUCGGCUAACCAAUCCCCCCAUUCGAUGGUGGAUCAUUUUUGAAUACAUAGCCUUAUGGGUGUGGUUUACGUUGAAGCUCUUAUGGUCAUUCGUCCGGCUACUCAUACAGCUUUUCUAUCCCCACAACUUAGGGGAUGACACUGGGGAGGAUACAGACUUGUAUAACACUGGAUACUACAAACCGUACAGUCGCCAGUUCAGUGGUCAGCUAUGGGCAGCUCGUUCGCCUAAGGAGCAUUCUUCGCGCGCUAUCGACGAGGGCGAGAUGGAUAUCCGUACACAUACCCUUUAUCCUCGACUUCUUAUCAUCCGCGACCCAAUCCGAAAUGAAUGGGUCCCAUGUGCGGAUCGCGAUAUUAUCAUCCAUACCAAAUUCAUCGCCAUCUCUUUCUACUCCGUGCUCGGACAGAAAUACAAUGCGUAUUGGCUCGACUUGGAGUGUGUAGGAGAGACGCCGUCAGAGAAGAAUCGGGAUUUGUACUGCAUGGCGGAUGUCUACCGUGGAGCAGAGAUGACCUUGAUCAUGCUCGGCAAAUAUGCGACUGGGGAGAACAAGUGCUGGAGAGGCUGGGGCGAACGGAUGUGGACUAUGCCCGAAGCCCUCCUGAGCCGUCACCUUUGCUACAAGUUCCGAGAUCGGGAAGCGGUUACACCGUUGUCGUUGCUUCAACUGGCCAACCUGGCCUACACAAGCUACGAUGUUGAACAGGCUAUCAUCAACGCAUACAGCGGGAAGGAUCCGCUCGAGAGGUUGGAGCGCUUGACGCUGUUGAAAUCAGCUAUAUGGCGGCGCGGUGCGGCCAAUCUAUCACCAGGCGUUUCUAGUCCCCCGCCAAGGCUUGAGAGGAUGGGCGAGACGCCUGUCACGGAUGAGGCGUACAAGGCUCAGCGUGUGUAUGCGCUGAUGGGCUUUUUUGAGCACCGGAUUCACCCAAACCGCUUGGAGGACAAUUUGCACGCUCUUGUGAGGCUGUCAAUGGCCAACGACAACGACCGUAUCGUUGAGCGGAUGGUAUCCAUGCUACCUUCGACCAUCACCAACGAGGCGUGUUGGUACUCUGACAAUGAUAUCUACGACGCCAAACUUUGGGAUAUUCUACCGGAGAUCCAGGUCGCCGGUAUCACAGAGAAUGGAGCUCUUGUGGUUGACGGGUGUCGGGCGGCAGCAAUCAGAUGGAAAGAUUUCCCGGAUGUUGCGCAUAUGACCCCAUAUUCAUUGAGGAGGAAGAUUAUCGGUUUCAUUCCGUAUCUCUCGUGGCCAACUAUUUUCAUUGGGAUUAGUAUAUAUACGAUCCACCACGUGGAAGGCAUCGCACUCAUCGUAAUUGGAGUCGUGCUCCUCAUAAUUUCCCCUCGGCUGUUCGUUUUCAGUCAAUCUGGACGUAUCGUCGAGGCACAACCAUGGUUCAUCGGAGUGAAAGGGGUCAUCAGCAUUGGGGAGGCAGAGAGGCACUUGUACGGUGCUGCUAGUGGACACUUCCCAAGAAUGUAUUUCACGCCGAGCGGCUCACAGUUCUCAGUUCCAGAACAAGGCACACAACGGGGAGGGUCGCCCACACAAUACGGCAAUGCCAAACAAGCGGAUAGCGGACCAGACGCGGGACACAUCUAUACGCUCAUCGACACAUGUUCGUCGACGAUGUACUAUUUCCGUGCGGAGCGACCGCCAACGGUGUGUAUAUUCGCUGGACGGGAGGGAGGGCUUGGGAGGUUUGUGCUGUGUUCGGAGAGGUGUAAUAUUAAUGAGCUGCAUAAGGAGAGCGUGUUGAGGAUGCCGAUGGAGAUCAGUGACAGUAUGGAGUUGUGUGGAUGGAUCGCACUUGGAUGA